CACCCCCAUCUCCUCCUUCCUUGGGGACCUGAAGGUCUGAAUGAAGGUGGCCGAGGGCCAGGGACAAACGUGGCCCUCCAACAACCCCGGUCCCCACCCCGCCCCCGCGAAGAGGGAGGAGCGACGGCUGCCAGGGAGCCUCCCGCGGGCUUUGUGCGCGCCUGGAAUCCAGCUGUCGCCGUCCGGCAGAGCCCCCUGCCCCCGGAGGGCGCACAUUUCCGGGCCGCCCACCACCCGGAUCGCGUCCGGAACCGCUGCGCCCGCAGAGCCCAGAGUUGCUUCUGCCCGCUCCGUGGCCGUCCAGCCCCAGUAGCCCCCCGAAAUGCCGGUCGACUUCACCGGGUACUGGAAGAUGCUGGCCAACGAGAAUUUCGAGGAGUACCUGCGCGCCCUCGAUGUCAAUGUGGCCUUGCGCAAAAUCGCCAACUUGCUGAAGCCAGACAAAGAGAUCGUGCAGGAUGGCGACCAUAUGAUCAUCCGCACGCUGAGCACUUUCAGGAACUAUAUCAUGGACUUCCAGGUUGGGAAGGAGUUUGAGGAGGAUCUGACGGGCAUAGAUGACCGCAAGUGCAUGACCACGGUGAGCUGGGACGGGGACAAACUCGAGUGUGUGCAGAAAGGGGAAAAGGAGGGACGUGGCUGGACCCAGUGGAUUGAGGGUGACGAGCUGCACCUGGAGAUGAGAGUGCAGGGUGUGGUCUGCAAGCAAGUAUUCAAGAAGGUGCACUGAAGCCUGGGCAGACCUGGAGCUUGAGGAAUGAGCGGCGUGGACGUGUGGGCCAGUAUCCCCUUCUUUGCGCAGCAUGGGACCGAAAUGUCCAGCCGCCCCCAGCCAUCUGUUAGCAGAGGCUCUUUCUUGGUUUUGUCUCUUUUCUUUUCCUUAAAACAAAACCAUCACAAUAAAAGUGAUUUCUCCCCAAGAC